AUGUCCACUCACAAAACCCGCCCAAAGGAGCCCCUCGUGGCCAUCAUGGGCACCACCGGCACCGGCAAGUCUGAUCUGGCCGUAGAUCUCGCAGUCCGCUUCAACGGCGAGAUCAUCAAUGCGGAUGCCAUGCAAAUGUACAGGGGCCUCCCCAUCAUCACCAAUCAGAUCUCGCCAGAAGAGCAGCGCGGCAUCCCACAUCACCUCCUCGCAACCGUUGACCUGGACCAGCCGACAUGGACCAACGGGGUCUUUGUCAGGGAGGCUACCAAGCUCAUCCAGGAAAUUCGCAGUAGGGGGAAGCUGCCCAUUGUCGUCGGCGGUACACACUACUAUCUCAGUUCGCUGUUGUUCGCCAACAACCUGAUAGAGUCCCCCGACCGAGAUGGCCAGUCUGCACACGUCCCUCAGGCCGGUAUAGAGACCGAGCACCCCAUCCUGGAUGGCCCAACAGACCUGAUCCUCAAGCGCCUGCGCGAGGCGGACCCUGUCAUGGCCGCUCGUUGGCAUCCCGACGACCGCCGCAAGAUCAGGCGGUCUCUCGAGAUCUUUCUCACCACAGGCAGGAAGGCGUCCGACAUCUACGCCGAGCAGCAGGCGGCCAAGUCUGCGCAAGAAGGUGCAGAAAGUCCAUGGGAUGCCCUCAUGCUCUGGGUCUACUCAAGCCCGGACGUGUUGAAGGAGCGGCUCGACAAGCGCGUAGACAAGAUGAGGCAGCACGGCUUGCUCGACGAAGUGCGGCAGCUACAUCGCCACCUACGAGACCGCGAGGCUGCGGGUGAGGAGGUCGACCGCACCCGCGGGAUCUGGCAAACCAUCGGCUUCAAGCAAUUCGAAGCCUUUCUCGACGCCGAGAAGCAAGAGCCCAUACCCGGUGACCUGGAAAAACUCGAAGCCCAGGGCAUGGAGCUCAUGAAGAUUGCAACGAGGCAGUAUGCCAGGUAUCAGCUAAGAUGGCUACGCACCAAGACCAUCCCGGAGCUCAGCAAGAGCGAUGCCAUGCGGUUCAUGUACCUCCUUGACAGCACCGAUGCAAAUAUGUUCUCGGACGGCGUGCUGUCACCCGGUGCGGAUAUCGUCCAAGCCUACCUUGAUGGGUCGGAUCUUCCUGAGCCCAUGACCGUCUCCGCCACGGCGAGAGACGUCCUAUCGGCGUUCCUGGACGCCGCAACGACUCCAAAGCCGAAGCUAGAGGCGAAGCUCUGUGACGUCUGUAACAUGACUCUGCAGACUGAGGAGCAGUGGGCUAAACACGUCAAUGGUGUGCGGCAUCGGCGAGGGCUGAAGCAUAAAAAUCGUACGGCCCUCAUUCCCGUACACCGCCCGCGCCCACCAACACCUGAUGAAGUGGACGUGGAUUUGAGCUCGAUUUUAUGA